AUGGCUGAUUUUCACUACGGAGGGACGGACGAGGAGUCUGCUGAGAUCAAGAAGCUCAAUGCCGAAGUUCUCGAAGAUACGGAUAAUUUCGAGAGUUGGGAGAAACUUGUUCGCGCAGCAGAGACACUGGAAGGAGGGUUAAAUCGCAAUUCGAGUCCACAAGCAAUUGCAACAACUCGAGAAUCUUACGAUCGCUUCCUUGCGAAAUUCCCACUCCUGUUCGGAUAUUGGAAGAAGUAUGCGGAUCUGGAAUUCUCCAUAGCUGGCACAGAAGCUGCUGAGAUGGUUUUUGAGAGAGGCAUUGCCAGCAUCGCAACAUCUGUGGAUUUAUGGACGGAUUAUUGUUCCUUCAAGGUUGAGACGAGUCAUGAUCCUGAUGUGAUCAGAGACAUGGCCAGGCAAGCCAUCUGGGCUACGUUCGGAGUCUCCAUGGCUCACAAACGGCUUUUCGAGCGUGGAGCUGUUGCCGUGGGAUUAGACUUCCUUGCGCAUCCUUUCUGGGAUAAAUAUCUCGAAUUUGAGGACCGAGUGGAGGCCCAAGAUAAGAUAUUUGCUAUACUGAACCGCGUCGUAAAGAUCCCUAUGCAUCAAUAUGCCAGAUACUUCGAGCGCUUUCGCCAAUUGGCUCACGCCCGUCCAUUGUCAGAGCUUCUUCCUGCCGAAACUCUCGAACAAUUCCGCGCCGAUGUUUUAUCCGAAAGUGCCGGUUUCCAGGCCGGACCAAAGGGUGAAUUAGAGAUUGAACGUGACAUCAGAACCAAGGUUGAUAAUUUUCAUCUCGAAAUUUUUGCUCGUACACAAGGAGAAACCACAAAACGUUGGACGUAUGAGUCCGAGAUCAAGCGUCCUUACUUCCACGUCACCGAGCUCGAUAACCAACAAAUUGCAAACUGGCGCAAAUAUCUGGACUUUGAAGAGGCCGAGGGUGAUUACACCCGUGCUGUUUUCUUAUAUGAAAGAUGUUUAGUAACUUGCGCAUUCUACGAUGAGUUUUGGUUUCGCUAUGCUCGGUGGAUGUCAUCAAAGGAGCGUAAGGAAGAAGAGGUCAGAAACAUAUACCAGCGAGCAAGUACACUUUAUGCGCCAAUCAGCAGAUCCGGUAUUAGGCUGCAAUACGCCUACUUUGAGGAGAUGUCCGGUCGCGUCGAUGUCGCAAGAGAUAUACACCAGGCCAUUCUGGAUCGCAUGCCUGGUCAUGUAGAGACAAUAAUUUCCUGGGCCAAUCUUGAACGCCGCCAGAAAGGCCUCGAAGCCGCGAUUGAAGUCUACAAAGCACAGAUUGACUCACCAUCAUUAGGCAUCUAUACAAAGGCUGCUUUUGUUGUCGAAUGGGCCGUCUUAUUGUGGAAGAUUCAAGGGUCUGUCGACGAAGCUCGUCAAGUUUUCCAGAAGAACAAGCAAUGGUACCCAGAAAGUCGUCAUUUCUGGACCAAGUAUGUAGAAUUCGAAUUGGCACAGCCAACCAAUUCAGGCUCGGAACCUGAACAUUACGAGAGACUCAAGCAGAUUCAUGGCGAUAUGAUUAAGACAUCCAUGAGAUUGGUUACCAAGAAGAACAUCAGCAAUCUAUACUUGAUGUACCUACAAGAAAGAGGCACCAAGGAGGCUAUGAAGGAAUUCUUACAAAUUGAUCGCGAAUUGAACGGUCCUGUAUCAGUUCAACCCGAUCACAUCAAAGCUACUGAAACAGCCAAAGCUACGGAGAACGGAACGAUACCAGGUGUUGUCGACGCAGCUUCGUUGCUCAAAGGUGAAGUCAGAUACGACACAUACUUCCAGCAGCGCAUGCAACAACUGCCUGUUGAUGCCCAAGGUCUCGCAUCUUUCCAUUAA